AUUAUCUGCUUAAACGAUUUAACAGUGGAAAUUCAUUGCCCCAAGAUCUGCCUCGGAGAUUUCUAUUCUGUACUCACAAAACGUCGUGGACGUAUAUUGUCUGAAGAAGAGAGACCUAGAACCUCUAUGGUUUAUGUCAGAGCCUAUCUCCCUAUAGUCGAGUCUUUCGGCUUCACUGCCGAGUUGGGAGGAAAGACAGACCAAAGGAUGUCUUGUCAAUAUACUCUUGACCGCUGGGAGCUUAUGGACGGUUCUGCAUUGGAUAAGGGAUCUAUGAUAGAAGAGAUUGUUAUGAAUAUCCGAGCCCGGAAAGGUCUCAAAAAGUUCAUUCCUUAUGCCAGUCCUGAGGAUAAAGAGGUGAGAGCUCUGUUAGAGAUUAUUCAGCGUUUAAAUAAUGGAUUUGCUAGAUAG